AUGAUUACUCUUACAGUGGCUUCUCGGGCUAAUGCCGCUCUUGUACUUCCCAUUGUGUUAAGUGCGGCUUAUGCGACGCGUAAUGGGUUUCUGGAGGUUGUUACGGAUGAUGGUGAGUGUAUAGUGGAUGAAGCGAUUUUGGACUUCUUCUACAGAGCGAUGGAGGGUUGCUUUUCUAGGAAGCGAAUUGAGGUGGAUGAAUGGCUCAAACGGCGUGCUUCAUUUGCCGUUGGUCAUUACAAGGCGUUGUGUAAACCAAUGGAGGAACUCGAAUCGCAUCUCACCCUGCGCUCUUACAUUGUUGGGUACUCUCUAACCUUAGCUGAUAUUGUCAUCUGGGGAGCGCUUCGCGGUAACCCUGCGAUUGUCGGGCUCAGACGGAAUAGCCUCAAUAUUUCCCGGUGGUUUUCCUUUAUCGAGAACACCAAUCCUUGGAUAACGGAGGCGGUGGCGGGGUUUCAGAGCCAUGCGCGACAAAGGAAAGCUGCAGCAAGCGCGGCAGGUGCGAAUUACAAUAUUGGCUUGAACAACAUGGAGAAUGGGAUCGUCUGUCGCUUCCCUCCGGAGCCUUCAGGAUAUCUGCAUAUCGGCCAUGCAAAGGCGGCGCUGUUGAACUCUUAUUUCGCGCAUGAGUACGGGGCCAGAAGAGGUACCCUGAUCUGUCGGUUUGAUGACACAAAUCCUUCCAAAGAAUCACAGGAGUUCCAACAUUCAAUCCUGCACGAUCUUUCGCUCCUCGGCGUUGUACCGGAUCGCAUUUCAUAUUCUAGUGAUUACUUCCAGCCAAUGUACGAGGCGUGUGUGGAGCUUAUCAAAGCGGGAAAUGCAUACGCCGACAAUACUGUCCUGGAGGUGAUGCGCGAUCAGAGAAAGAGGGGAAUUGCCAGUGUCUGUCGCACCAUGAGUAUAGACAAGAGCCUCGCAAGAUUUGAAGCGAUGAAGUCUGGGACUGAAGACGGGCAGCAGUGGUGCAUCCGUGCAAAAAUAUCGGUGACGCAUGCAUUGAGGACAAAUGAGUAUCGUGACCGAAACGCUCAAUAUCGCUGGAUGCAAGACGCCAUGGGCCUCCGACGGGUGGAAAUCUGGGACUUCUCAAGGCUAAACUUAGUCCGGACGGUUCUGUCUAAGCGCAAGCUGACUAGCAUUGUUGAGAGUGGUGCUGUUUGGGGUUGGGAUGAUCCUCGCAUGCCCACGGUGCGCGGGGUUCGUCGGAGAGGCUGCACGAUAUCGGCGCUGCGACAGUUCAUUCUGGAACAAGGACCGAGCCAGAACAUCGUCAAUAUGGAUUGGACCAAGCUAUGGGCAAUAAACAAAAAACACAUUGAUCCGAUAGCAGCUCGCUACACAGCCAUCCCAAAGGCAAAAGCCGUAACCGCAUGGGUAGCCGGAAUCGACGCUAAUAGCAUUGUUGAAAUACCCAAACACAAGGACCCUGGGCUGGGAAUGAAAAAAGUCGUCUUCACCAAUGAGAUACUCCUUGGCCAAGACGACGCCCGCCUCUUGAAGGAGUUUGAGGUGGUCACUCUGAUGAACUGGGGAAACGCAAUUGUCACCGAGAUAUCCACAGACUCUCGAACCGGCGAUGUAUCACUUUUGCGACUGAAGCUAGAUCUACAAUCGGAUGUAAAGAAUACCGAGAAGAAGAUCACUUGGCUGGCCAAAGAGUCCGCAAACAUGGUUCCUGCUGAGCUGUAUGCUUUCGACUAUCUCAUCACGAAGGAAAAGAUUGAGAAGGACGAAGACGUUGCAUCGUAUCUGACAGCUCCAAGUGAAACACGAACAGAGGUUUGGGCGGAUUGCAACGUUAUGGAUCUUUGCGAAGACGACAUAAUACAGUUCGAUCGGACUGGCUAUUUCCGAGUCGACCGACCAUGGCGCAAUGGCCAGCCGGCAGUCAUGUUCAGCAUCCCCACUGGAAGAGACGUUUGA